AUGUCGCAUAAUGUCCCAACGAAAACACAUAUUGACUUCAACGAUUUCACUCCCCAGAACGCCUUCCAAUACACGCGUCCCAGCAUAUACGCCGAAUUUUUCAAUAUCCUGUACGCAUGGGUGGUCCAUCGGUCGACCAUCACAGCGACGUUACAGUGGCUCAACCUCUUGGACGUCAAUUAUCUGGAUAUCAUCUAUGGAUUUAAGAAAUUUUUACCCGGUCGAUUGGUCGGACGGUUGGUGGAUCGGAGGAUUUGGUAUUUGGUUUUGCAGGAGUGGUUGAGGAGAAGCAUGGAGGUAGAGUGGAGUGUUGAGGAUUGGACGCGGAUUUGGUAUGGGAGGCGUGAGGGAAGGUAG